UAGUGGCAUUCACGACGUUUUGCGACAUACCGUACGUGGACGCUCAACUCUCCCGGGUGAGAUACCGGCUGAGCGGCGCAGUUGCACAGAAAUAUCAAAGAAAGCGACUGAUAGUCCAAUAACACUCUGCACUUUUUGUCAGAUCAAAAGCACACGGGGUUCAUACGCCGUCUCUGCUGCCCGUAAUCAGUCGCGGUAAAUGUGGACUCUUUAGUUGAGCGGAAAAGCGACGCGAGGGAAGGCAACUAAUUGUCUAAACGGGGCUUGAAGUAAGUUGCCUCCCCAGCGGCGCUUUAAAGGGAAGCCACAGCCCGGAUCCCCAGAAUAACGGUGAAAAUGGACUAUGAUUUCAAAGUGAAGCUCACCGGGGAGAGAGAACGAGUCGAGGAUCUCUUUGAGUACGAGGGAUGUAAAGUUGGACGGGGGACAUAUGGCCAUGUGUACAAAGCAAAGAGGAAAGAUGGGAAGGAUGAUAAAGAUUAUGCUCUGAAGCAGAUUGAAGGCACAGGGAUCUCUAUGUCCGCCUGCAGAGAGAUAGCACUGCUGCGUGAACUGAAGCACCCCAAUGUGAUCUCACUGCAGAAGGUUUUCCUGUCACAUGCAGACCGCAAAGUGUGGCUUCUCUUUGACUAUGCUGAACAUGACCUCUGGCACAUCAUCAAGUUCCACAGAGCCUCCAAGGCCAAUAAGAAGCCUCUUCAGCUGCCGCGUGGAAUGGUAAAGUCUUUGCUUUACCAGAUCCUAGACGGCAUCCACUAUUUGCACGCCAACUGGGUCCUGCACAGAGACUUGAAACCUGCCAAUAUAUUGGUAAUGGGAGAAGGUCCUGAAAGAGGACGUGUGAAGAUAGCUGAUAUGGGUUUUGCACGGCUCUUCAACUCACCACUGAAGCCUUUAGCAGAUCUGGAUCCUGUAGUUGUUACGUUCUGGUACAGAGCACCAGAGCUACUGCUGGGAGCCAGGCAUUACACCAAAGCCAUCGAUAUCUGGGCGAUUGGCUGUAUCUUUGCUGAGCUUUUGACCUCAGAGCCUAUCUUCCACUGUCGACAGGAGGACAUAAAGACCAGUAACCCCUACCAUCACGAUCAGCUGGACCGGAUCUUUAAUGUCAUGGGCUUUCCUGCAGAUAAAGACUGGGAGGACAUUAAGAAGAUGCCGGAACACUCUACGUUGAUGAAAGACUUUAGGAGGAAUACGUACACUAACUGCAGCCUUAUAAAGUAUAUGGAGAAACAUAAAGUCAAACCUGACAGCAAAGCAUUCCACUUGCUGCAAAAGCUGCUUACUAUGGACCCAAUCCGCCGAAUCACAUCUGAGCAGGCCAUGCAAGACCCGUACUUCCUGGAGGAGCCUUUACCCACGUCUGAUGUCUUCGCUGGCUGCCAGAUUCCUUAUCCUAAACGAGAAUUCCUGACGGAAGAGGAGCCAGAAGACAAGGCAGAUAAAGUAAGAAAUAAAAACCAGCAGCAGCAGCAGGGGAACAACCACACCAAUGGGGCGGGGCACACAGGUAACCCUGACAACAGCCACGCACAAGGCCCCCCUCUGAAGAAGGUGAGAGUGGUUCCGCCCACUACUACCUCAAGUGGCCUGAUCAUGACCUCAGAUUACCAGCGCUCCAAUCCACAUGCUGCCUACCAGAACCCAGGACCAAGCACAUCAUUGCCCCAAAGCAGCAUGGGAUACUCCUCUACCUCCCAGCAGCCUCCACAGUACUCACACCAGACCCACCGCUACUGAGUCAGGCCACGCCCCCCUCUCACAGUGCCCAAUAGGGAGAAUGUACUUAGGGAGGCGGGUGUGGACCUGAGCCGAACCGCCCCACUCACUGGGCGCUUUGCUGUGCAGCAUUUUCACCGCAGGAACAGUAACUGUAACCUAACAACACAUCACCGUAUCAUACAGCUGACAUUAUCCUCCGCUGACAAAAGGAGAAAAAAAGAAAAUAAAUAAAUAAUAGACUCUAAGUGAAAACAAAUGAAAAAAAGCUGAUGAAAAGCGGAUAUUUGUUCCAUUGGUGAUAGUUCAAGUCUUCGCUGCAAGUCUGUGAUACUUCACGAAAAAGAAAAACACAAAAAAAGCAACAAACAUUCUCAAUAUGUGGUACUGAACAGCUGCACUAAGUAGUGAGACUGGUUUGGAGUGAGGUGGAGAUCCACCGUACCAUCCAAUCUCUUUAGCCCCGGUCCUUCUUGCCCUCACUUUUGAAAUCCGUUGGCCUCUCCAAGACUUAAAGCUGCUAUGUGACUGCCAGCAAAGACAGAAUGACGUAUGUCAGUCUGUCUGUCUCUCCGUCUGCCCUUAUAUACACACACACACACACACACACACACACACACACACACACAUAUACAUACAUAUGCAUACAAAUACUGAAGCACUCACUCUUUUAGCCCAUUGCUGGGGACCGAAUUCUCUGUGCUGGAGCUGCUGACUGAAGCAUAAUGAGAUCCUCUAGUGCCCCCUGCUGGAUCAUACUGGUAGAAGGCGGUAUAAAAGAAACAACAAACUUGAUUUUAGUAGUUAAUAAUUUAAUGUUUUGGUUUUACGUUAGGAGAGGUCAGCAACUUCCAUUUUGCUGUCAGACCGGCUGUUAUGCGUGAAAGAUCGGCCUUAGAACUUCAUGACAAACGUUGUGUGGACAGCAGAUUGAACAUGCAUUGUACUGUAUUGUAAUGAAAUAUUUUACAUGAAACAAAUAUCCUGACAAUAAAAGUGGAAGCGUUUAAAAAAAAAAAAAAAAAAAAAAAAAGAAAAAAAAUUAAAAAUG